UUCAAUGGUACCAUUUGUGAAAUGUGCGCAGAUUCUACGAAGUACGGCCCCAACUGCACACAAGAAUGUCUUUGUGUCAAUGGAGCUUGUGAUGGUGACAUCCAUGGCAAUGGAUCAUGUGACUGCUAUUCAAACUACACUGGAGUUUUCUGUGAUGAGCUUAUUUCUGGUUGUGAAAAUGUGACGUGUCAAAAUAAUUCACGGUGUCAAGAGAUUGACGGAAACACAACCUGCAUUUGUGAGGCAGGUUAUGAGAGCAGUGAAAAUGGAAGUUGUAUUCCAAUAAAUGCCUGCGUGUCCAGUCCCUGUCUUCAGUUCGCCACGUGCCUGUCAACUGGCCCCAGUCAGUACCAAUGUGCCUGUCGGUCUGGUUACCUUGGUGACGGGAAGGUCUGUGAAGCCAUUAACCCAUGUCGGAUUAACCAUGGUGGAUGUGUGACCAACUCCUCAACCUGCAUGUACAUGGCACCAAACGUGAGUCAGUGCGACUGUAUUACUGGCUAUGAGAACUAUCAGCCGCAAGUUGGCUGUUCCCUCACUGAUGUCUGCAAACUGAAACCAAACCAGUGUCACACCAACGCCACCUGUCUGACUGUCCGUCCAGGGGAGUUCACGUGUACUUGUAAUGCCGGUCUCGUUGGCGAUGGAACAGAAUGCUAUGGAAAUAUUUUACAGCGUUUAGUUGACCUGAAUGAAAACCAUCCUGUGUUGAAGUACCAGUUGAAUUUUGCCAUCGAGAUGAUACAGACAGUGUACAAAGAACCCUUCACGAAACAUGGACCUUUUACCGUCUUCAUAGCUAAUGAUCGGGGAUUUAAGUCAAUUGUUAGAGCUGGUUCGUUUGACUCUUUCCUGAAAAAUGAAGACAAGGCCAGACAGGUGCUGAGACAACAUAUGAUAAUCGGACAGCUCUCGCUGGAGAAGUUACAGAAUCACACGUUCUUCUACACCCUACAGGGGGUUCCUGCUGAGCUCAUUUUCAAAAUGCGGAACGAUGUGUUCAAGUACCGUAUUCAUGGGUCUGGAAACAAGGCUAAAAUCAUUGAAGGCAACAUCGUCGCAGCCAAUGGCAUCAUCCACGUCACUAACUCAUUGCUGACCAGUCAACCAAACGCUGUUGGAGAUAUUACGUACCUGAGAAUGGAGGUUGUGUUCAAGUCGAGCAACAUCACAGUGUUUGUUCCCAGCAACAGAGUUUGGGACUCAUUACCAGAGGGAACCUUGGAAUUCCUACAGAGCAAUGAAGGGAAGACGAAGCUAAAGGUUAUACUGGAGAAUCACGUAUUCCAUGGAAAGAUUCCAGUUGCUGACCUGAUCAAUAUGAAACGGAUUCAUUCAUUGGCUGGUUAUUCUGCCAGUAUCAGCAUCACGGAUGUGGGUCAGAUCCAGUUGAAUGGAAAUGUGAAUAUAUCGCAGACAGACAUCCCGUUUCGUGGUGGGCUGUAUUACCAUAUAGACAGUGUGUUAGCACCACCCGAGAUGGGGGGUAUCCUUCCCAACAGGUGUGACUUAAAGACCAGCAGACCGGUCCGGGGUUCGUGUUCUGUGUGCCACGGAAAACUGAUAUGUCCAGGCCCAAAUGAUGUGCCCAUGGCCCAGGUUACCAGAGGAUGUCGUUACUGGGUAACAAUAGGAGGUCAAUACGUCGCCCACAUUGGUUGUGCCAGGAUGUGCACGAGAACCUACACAACACGCCGAUGCUGUGAUGGAUUUUUUGGCAUAGACUGUCUUCCCUGUCCUGGUGGGUUCAAGAAGCCAUGUAACAAGCAUGGAAUGUGCAAUGAUGGAUACUAUGGCAAUGGCACAUGUUCAUGUGAUGAUAACUUCAUGGGGAGGUCAUGUGACAGAUGCUCUCAGAAAAACAUGUUUGGACCAUACUGUAAUCAAACCUGUACCUGCCUACAUGGCACAUGCAAUGAAGACACAGGCGUUUGCAAAGCCCACUCGUGUGAGAAGCAGUUCUUUGGCAUAAACUGCGACCAGAAACUGACUAAGUGUGGACAGGCUACGACUCUGUGUCACGCCUUCGCUACGUGCUACGAAGACGGAGAUGAGUUCAGGUGCCAGUGUCCCCCAGGGUACGACGGUGAUGGGUUGAGCUGUACUGAGAUAGAUCCGUGUCUGAAACCAGACCGUGGUGGAUGUCACAUUCAGGCCACCUGCACCAAAGUUGGCCCAGACAUGCCGCGGUGCACCUGUGACAAGGGAUGGGUUGGAGAUGGCUUUACGUGCUAUCCAGCCACACCGUGUAUGAACCGUAACCACUGCCACAACAAAGCUGUCUGCAGGAGUGCUGAAGCAGGCAAGUCGAACUGCAUUUGCAUUGAGGGCUACUUUGGUAAUGGGACAUACUGCAGACCAACUAACAGCUGCAUUGAAGACAAUGGUGGCUGUCAUAUGAAGGCUUUAUGUAUUCCGGAUGGCCCAGGGGACAACAACUGUUCCUGUUUGUCGGGUUACGAAGGCGAUGGUUAUUCCUGCUACUCCAGCAUCGGCCAGGAAGUCUCGGACAACCCAUCUCUCUCAGAGCUGGCAGGGCUUCUCAAGUUAAUCGAUCCACGUGACAACUUUCUGAUGUAUCUGUCAGACAACUAUACAUUCUUUGCCCCAACAGACGAAGCCAUGAGUCAGUUUUUGUCACAGAUGUCUAAAGACUAUUGGACCAAGGCAGAGAAUAUUCUUACAUUGCUACGAUUCCACACUCUGGAGGGACUGUAUCAAACUGACGACUUGCUGAAACUGGAGACGAGUUAUGGAAAGUUUGACACAAUGUACGAUGGCUACUCGAUCAGGGUGGUCAUAAACAAUCAGAGUGUAUUGGUGUUCAGCUCGCAGACUACUACGUCAAGAGUUAUAUCCCCUGAUAAUUUUGCUCUCAAUGGAUUUAUCCACAUCGUAGACAAGGUGUUGGAACCACUGAUACCCGAAGAUGAACUUCCAGAGCUGCAUGACUUCUUCACCACUCACAGCGACUACUCUCUCUUCUCGCAGUGGCUCAGUAAGAAAGGUCUUAUAGAUGAGCUUGAAAAUAUGGAGGAAUAUACUCUGUUUGCACCAAACAACCAGGCCAUGUUGAAAAUAAACAGAACUGUGACAAAGGAUUUUCUGAAGUAUUACAUCAUCCCGAAGAUUCUGUUGAGUCCCGCCAUCAUAGACGGCCAGACUGAAGAUUCGAUACUUGGAACCAAACACCAAAUCCAGUUCCAAGUUAGGAAUGGUCAGGUGUAUGUAAAUGGUAUUGUGAUUGCUGAUCCAGAUCAGCUGACGGCCGGAGGUAUUAUUCAAGGAGUCAGCGACCUCCUUCACCCUGUUCUUAACAAGUGUGAGAAGACUCUAACAAACAGAACAUACGGACCCUGCAUCUCCUGUAUUUCCACCGUGUACCUGUGUCCGGAGGGGUUCUAUGCGACGUCUCCACCAGUGUUUCUCAAGAACCGAUGUACCUACAGUGCAACUGGGCGGGACGGUCACCUGUACACGUUCCUAGGCUGUUACGGCUUGUGUGAGAUAAUCACUAAACAUGAAGACUGCUGUGCUGGUCAUUUUGGCACUGAAUGUAAAGAAUGCCCCGGUGGUCCUGAAGUGCCAUGCAGUGGUCGCGGAGUGUGCAAUGAGGGGAUCAAUGGGACGGGAAUCUGUGUGUGUGAUGAACACUUCUGGGGACUCAGCUGUGACAGGUGCACACGAGACUGGGUCGGGCCAGACUGUAACAUCAGUAGAUAUUCGUGUGAUUUUCAAAAUGGGAACUGCAGUGAACAUGCCACCUGUGAGAUGGUGGAGGACGAGAUCACCUGCAGAUGUCACCCUGGUUACCUUGGAGAUGGGAAGGUUUGUCACUCGCCAUGUGAUUACCACAAUGGUGGCUGCCAUGACAAUGCAUCUUGUACAUUCCAGCAGCAGUCUCUUUCAUGUAAGUGUUUAUCUGGUUACCAUGGCAAUGGAUCCUGGUGCAAGCCAGUUGUGGACUUGUGUUUUUCCAAGACAACCAUUUGUUCUCCUUACGCCAUUUGCUCUUUUUCUCCUCCAAAUGUGACUGAUGAGUCCGAUGGGAAAAUCUCCUGUGAAUGCCUACAGGGUUUUGUUGGUAAUGGAAGUAUCUGUAACAAGGAUAUCCUGAAAGCCUUGUCCAAUUUACCAGUCACAGCAGCUUUCUAUCAGGUUAUUUUGUCUUUGGAUGAUGAUGGCAGUAUACGGAAACUUCUAGGCGAUUUAGAGGAAAAUACUACUAUCUUUGUACCUGUCAAUAUAGGAACUACUGAAAUACAGCACCUGAGUUAUCUUGACGUGAUGAACCACAUUGUAAACAACACAGAUAUUUACAUCAACACCAGUCUGGUUUUCAAUACAUCCUUUGUGUCUGAUGUAGGGAAAACACUGCUCAUCACGUACUCAGAAGAACAGUUCUGGGUAAACGACAUAAGAAUUACUGACAUAAAUAUUCCAGCUCUGAAUGGAUAUAUCCAUUUAAUAGAAGCCCCAUUGUGGUAUAAUAAGAUUCCAAAGGAGGGUAGUUCUACAAAAUCAAAGUUACCAGUCAUCAUUGGGCCAAUUGUUGGUGUUUUGCUCUUCCUCGUUAUCUGUGUCAUUGCAAUAACAGUAUUUGUAUACUGGCGGUCAGACAAAACAGGCUUCAUGGAUGUCCUGGACAGAUUCAGAAAGGGAUCUGAAGGCAGUUUGUUAUUUUCUCGACUCAGUAACAGCCAAGAAGAUGAAGAUGAAGAACCACUACCAAAUCCAUUCACUCUCUCUGACUUCAACUUUGAGAAUCCUAUCUUUACAAACCCACAACAAGCUCCACAAUAAACAUCUUGAUCUCCAGUUUAUUGAUGCCUGUGACAUCAGUAGUCAUCCAUUUCUGAUGUCAAUCCAUUUGAUUGAUGCUUAGAACACCAAUAGUCAUCCAUUGCUGAUGUCAAUCCAUUUUAUUGAUGCUUAGAACACCAAUAGUCAUCCAUUUCUGAUGUCAAUCCAUUUUAUUGAUGCCUGUGACACCAAUAGUCAUCCAUUUCUGAUGUCAAUCCAUUUUAUUGAUGCUUAGAACACCAAUAGUCAUCCAUUGCUGAUGUCAAUCCAUUUUAUUGAUGCUUAGAACAUCAGUAGUCAUCCAUUUCUGAUGUCAAUCCAUUUUAUUGAUGCCUAGGACACCAAUAGUCAUCAAUUGCUGAUGUCAAUCCAUUUUAUUGAUGCUUAGAACAUCAGUAGUCAUCCAUUGGUGAUGUCAACUUCGUACAAUCUAUGUGUUUAGGUGGACCAAAGUGAUUAAACACAAAGAGUCAAACAGACAGACAGAAAUAUUAAAUAUUUUGUCAAGUUAUUCCCUUAUAUACCUACACAGAACAAUUUUAUUGCAAAAUAAUAUGCCAUUCCUUAUGAAAAUUGUGUAUAAAUGUUUCAUAAAUUAGGGCUAUUAAAAACAAAACAAGAUGGGUAGCAUACAGUUCUCCAUUAAUAUAUUAGUAUACUUAAGGUUUGGACAUGCCUAUUUUGGGCAGAACUCCAGACAUUGUCUGACCAGGACAAAUCACUAUCGACAGUUUUUUUCUUCUUUUUUUUCAUAUGCAAUAAUUGUUAAAUAAAUGUUUAUAGACACAUUACUCUAAACAUCAGUGAUGGGCAAUUUAGGUGAACUGACAAGAGUAAAUAUUUGCUCCAAAUAUCUCUUCCAUAUCGUCCCAAUUAAAAUUUUAUGGUUAAUUUACUUCAUAUCAAAGAUGAUUAAGAUGAUCCUCAAUACCAUUAUUGUUUAAAAUAUAUUCGAAUCUUCAAAGACUAAUUAGAUUGUGAUCACAAAACUUCUUGCUUUCAUGUACUGUACUGUAAGAAUUUACCAUAUAUGACCAGAAAUUAGCCCAUGUCUUUGAAAAAGCCCCCCGCCUAUUUGACAGCAUUUAAGAAAUUAGGCCCUUAUUUGUAAAUAAGCCCCCCACCUCGUUCCCUUAUUACCGUACAGUAUUUUCUGGGGGUUUUCACUUGCAAAAUUCAAGAUGAACUUUGUGUGGUUGACAUGUCUUUUUAGAAAAGAUGGAUAGAUACUGAAAAAUUAUCUUGGCAUAUAUUGAUGAAUUUUUUUCAAGAAGAUCAUAAUAGACCAAUGGUCCAGACCUUUGGACUUUAUCUGUUUAAAAAGGAUUUUUUUUAUGAUUAGCUGUAUUUCAGAGGUAUGCAGCAUUAGUAUUGAGACACCCAAGAAUUGUAUAGUUUUUGCUUUGAAUAAUGUGUCAAACAAAUUUAAUAAACUUCCUUUUAAAUAUUAUAAACCUGAUAAAAAGACAUUUUAAUUUAUUAAUUUUGUUAAUUUUGUUCUAUGAUUCUGGUAAAAAAGAUGAUAAACUGAAAACUGCAAAAAUACACCAAAGGUAGGUAGUGAAAUUACAUGUAUAUACAAAACAGGUGCAUGUGCAGGGGUUGUGGUGCUGUGUGUGUGUGGGGGGGGGGGGGGAGUUGAGGUCCACUGCUCAAAGCUAAUUUUAUUUUAUCUAAUGUAUGACUCAAACCACGUUACAAACCUGAGCUCACCUCGGUGUAGACCCCCUACCUAAUUUCCUGAACACUGCCUGCAAAGGUACAGAAUUUAUGUUGAAUGUUGUAAGCCAUGUCAUUCAUUUUGAUAACAUGAUUGUUAAGUAAAUGUAUACCACUGGAUAGAGUGUAAUUGUUUUAUUUUAUUUGUAUAAAUACACAUGUAUUUUAAUCUACAUUACAAUUUUGAUUUGUACUGCUAGUAUUAAAACUGAGGGCUGAAUUUACAAAGCAUGUUUUUCUUAAACGCAGGUG